AUGGAACCAACAGGCCCCGUGUCUCGCUCUCCGAACAAAUCACUCCCUCCUCUGGAGCUUCGUGACUCGAUGACCACGACCCGGACACCUGCACUAUCAAUGGCUUCUCGACAAUUUUCUGGGAACGAACCACACAUGACAGAGCGGCUGACAAGUAUUUCCUCUUCAUAUUCGGUCAAUAUCACACGCAAAGAUGUCUCCCAACUUAUUGGGACUCCGCAAAAUUCGGCCUGUCCGAAGCCAACUGCAACGCCCGAGAUUGGAUGCACUGAGCUGACAGUGUGUGUGUCGGACAGAGAAGAUGCCUUGUCGGCCACUUCGAGUGAAUCCAGGUCGGACAUGAUGAUCGGGGAGAAAAAUGACUACCGGCACGGUGUUAACGGUUAUACCAAGGAAGCAGAAUGCGGCCAAACGAACGGUUUGGAAGUACACGAUAGUGAGAGAUUUGGUAAACAUUUGAAAGAGUAUACGGAUUGCUA